AAAAAAAAAAAAAAAGAAAGAAAGAAAGAAGAAGAACAAGCGACUAACAGCCGUCUCUCAGUCUGAAAUCUGAAUAGUUAGUUUUGCUUCAAGAAAGCGUUCCUGAUUCGAUUGCCAUGAAAGACCUAGACAUUCCAUCCCUAAUCCCAAAGCUCAAUUCAUGUCGUAAUGGGUUUUUGACCCUGUGCCGCCAAACAAGGUGGGUUCACGCUUCUGGAUUUGCAGGCUUAGUCUGUAUUGCUGGUCUAAUUUUAGCUUUUAAAGACCGGAGCGUUAGGAAAUUCAACACUUUAAAUUGGUCGUCGUCAUCGUCGUCAGUUAAAGAUAGAUCUUCGGAGAAGCCAUGUACAGUACCCGGGUUACAAAAUUUAGGAAACAAUUGUUUCCUAAAUGUAAUUUUACAGGCUCUUGCUAGCUGUUCCUAUUUUCAAGCUUUUCUUCAGAAGACAGCGGAAGAGUCUGAGUCUUUAUUGGGAGAUGAAUGGGUUGAGCGUGUACCCUUUAUUGUUGCCUUGACUUCUUUGAUGAAAGAACUAUGUCAUACUGAAAUUGAUAGGAAGGUGUUGAGUCCUCGGAAAUUAAUGCAUGCCAUGGAUCAUUAUGUCUCCAAUUUCAACUUGACAAGCCAGCAGGAUGCAGAAGAAGCAUUGUUUCAUGUUUUGUCUUCUUUAAGGGAAGAGCUUUUGGGUUAUCUAGUUGGAAAUUGCGGUUCUGUGGCAGAUGUAGUCUCCUUAUCAAAUAAUAGGAUCAUUUCUCGAAAAUUAUUGUCUGAAGACUCUGAACAAAAUGAGCAAGAAAGAUGGCGAGAUGAAUUUCGCGGUCCUUUUGAUGGAAGACUUGGCAGCAUAUUGAAUUGCCAAACAUGUUCUUCUCAGAUCUCUUUGGAUUUUCAAUUUUUUCAAACAUUGCACCUACCCCUAGUGAUUAACGGUGCUUCUAACAUUUUAAUUGGAAGCUCUUUGGAGAUGUGCUUAAAGCAGUUUUUCGAGGAAGAACAUCUUGAGAACUAUUUUUGCAACAAUUGUUGGCAUUCUGCUGCUAUAAAGUAUUUGUCUGCUGUAGACGAAAAUAAGACAGAUGUUGAGAUUGUUCGAGGCUGUAUUAAAGAAGUGUCUUGUGACUGCAAACGCAUUUCCACUCUCAAUAAACUACCAUGGUCGAACAAUUUUUCACAUGCUUCUAAACAAUUAAGCAUGACACAUGGUCCAAAGAUUCUGUGUAUCAAUCUGCAACGAGCUUUUGCAAAUCGUUUUGGUGAACUGGUUAAACUCCAGGGACAUGUUUCGUUUCCUUUGAUUUUGAACAUGUCAACAUUUAUGAGGAGUGGAGUGGGAACACAAAACCCCCACGAAGAAAUUCUACGAAAUGGACAAGUGGAGCAUUUUCAAUCUCUGUGGCCUAUUCUUAAUCCCUUAAAGUUACAGCUCAGUAAAGGAAUUCGUAAUGGUCUGAAUAUACAAACAGGGAAUACGAAUCCUCAAAAUCUAAUAUCCACUGACAAGUUUCAACCUGAAGCUCGCCUGGACGCUGCAUCUUUCCCUAAUAGGGUUGCUUCAGGGCCAGGGAGUUUUGCCUCUUCAGAGGACAAGUAUCGCCUAGUUUCUGUUGUGGAGCAUUUUGGAAGACCAGGCAGCGGUCACUACAUGGUCUACAGAAGGGUGAACACAGAGUUGAACUAUAGAGACCCUGUUCGACUAUUGGAAUCUUCUCCGGCAUGUUGGUUUUGCAUUUCUGAUUCCCAAGUCAACAUUGCUUCAGAACAUAAUGUCCUAAACGCAGAGGCAAGCAUGCUUUUCUAUGAGAAGAUAUGAAGUAAUGAGUGUAAGAACUUAUAGCUUUCAAUUACAAUAAUCCUGGUUGAUUUGUUGGAUUCUUUUUGGUAAGGACAGGAAAAUGAAAUGAGAUAGGCAGAGUAAAAGAAGAAAGUACAUACAAUUGUAGAUUAGCUGCGAGGCUUUUGAUAUAGAGUUGAGUAGUUUGAGGAUUUAGUGGUUGAAUAGCUUAAAAAGGAUAAGGCUGUUGUUCUUGGUGCUGGUAAUAGAAAUUUGGAAUUGAUUUUACAUUCUAAUUCAUUUGGAAACAUCAUUUCAUCCAGUUUUCUCUUAA